AUGGUUGUUGCUGAAUUCGCCUACAAGGAAAGACCAGACACUUUGGUGUUGUUUGAUGUUGAUGGCACUUUGACUCCUGCCAGAUUGACCGUGUCAGAGGAAGUUAGAGAUAUUCUGGCUCAAUUGAGAAAGAAGGUUUGCAUUGGUUUCGUCGGUGGCUCCGAUUUGAGCAAGCAGUUGGAACAGUUGGGGCCAAACGUGCUGAAUGAGUUCGACUACGCCUUCUCAGAGAACGGUUUGAUUGCUUACCGAUUGGGCGAGGAAUUGGCUUCGCAAUCGUUCAUUAACUGGAUCGGCGAGGAGCAAUACAACAAGUUGGCCGCAUUCGUGUUGAGAUACUUGGGUAACAUCGAGCUGCCUAAGAGAAGAGGCACCUUCUUGGAGUUCAGAAAUGGUAUGAUCAACAUUUCGCCAAUCGGCAGAAACGCUUCUACGGAGGAACGUAACGAGUUCGAGAAAUUCGACAAAGAACACCAGGUGAGAGCCAAGUUUGUCGAGGCGUUGAAGAAGGAAUUUCCAAACUUGGGUCUAACUUACUCGAUCGGUGGCCAAAUCUCCUUCGAUGUGUUCCCAACCGGGUGGGAUAAGACCUACUGUCUGCAACACGUCGAGAAGGACGGCUUCAAGGAGAUCCAUUUCUUUGGUGACAAGACCGCUGCCGGCGGUAACGACUACGAGAUCUACGAGGAUCCAAGAACCAUCGGCCACGCUGUUCAGAGCCCAGACGACACCGUCAGAAUCUUGAAGGAAAUCUUCCAAUUGUAA